GCUCUGUUAAAUGAUACUGACGCGCGUCUCCAUUGCCGCCAUUUGAAAAAAACGAAUUUGUUGGAGUAAGCGAAUCCGGAUUUUGCAGUUGGUAAGAUACAGUCGCUAGCUAUGGAGGACAUGUUGAGCGUGCUGAGCUCGCUUUCGAGCCUGCAGAGCGAGCUGGAGCUUUUGCGCAAGACCCAUUUCGAAGAGCUGGACCACCUCUUCUACGGCACCGUGAAUCUGGAGUCUGAGGUCAAGGCGACGGACAGAACUCCAGCGGCGAAGAGCCAGGAAAACACCUCGGUGACUCCGCAGCAGACAAAGAAACGCCCCAAGCGACUCUCAACAUUGGCCGAGGAUCAGGACGACACCGGGGCCCCGGACGUUAAGGCCAACUCCUCUGUCCGACAAGGCGUUCGUGUCAGCAACUCCCAGCUGCUGGCCAUUGCAGAGGAUGAGCAUAACACUACGGCUUCGUUGAUGCCGCCUCCACCGGCGCCCGUCACAGCGGACACCACACUCGGCUCCGGACGGCCACAACGCGCCGCCAAGCUGAAGACCGAGAAGCUACUGAAGGAGCCAUCGCUCAUUCGGAAAAUGCGGAGGCCUAGCCACGAAGAGACCAUCAAAAUCAAGGUGGAGAGUGAACAGCGGGUUUCACAAUUCAACAGCUCCACCAGUGUGCGACUUGCGGAAAAAGAGCAAUCGGUGAUGGAGCCAACAAUUCCACCAGCAGAAGAACAGCAGAAGCCUCCGGAGUUAGAUAAUUCCAAGACUGAGGACGCUAACAGCACAAAGACCCUCCGCGUGAAGGUCAAGCGAGAGAAACUCAGCAACGAAGGAUUAGCGCCAUCCACUGAAGUGAGCACCGCAACAAAUGUAACCACCACUUCCUCUGCCACAACAGAAACUGUGCGUCCGGAUGAUACUGUGGCUAGUAAUACUACAACCACCACGGAGGGUGCGACUAAGAAGGGUCGCAAGAAGAAGAAGGACGUAGAGAAUCACCGACCCAUUAAGAUAGAGCGCUUCAGUGACUUGGACAAGAACUCGCCUGUGUCCUCGCGGACGCGCAAAUGCAGCACCGAAUCACGGCCAAACCAAGAGCGAUCCAUAUACAAGGACGCUCUCGAGGAACCACCCAUUGCAGAGCAAUCAGUUGCUGCAGCUGCUCCGACUGCUGCCAACGAGACAGUAACAAUUUCCAACGCCACCAUGGUGAUAGGUCCGGCACCGACGGGCGAAAGUCCAAUGGGACCAGUAGGGGAUGCCACCUUCGAGGUAAACAGCGGCGACAAAAAGGUAGCACUGACGAAGCAGGACAGCCUCCUAACUGAAGACGAAUCUCUGGAGGAGAAGCUACCGGCAAUAAAGCUACCCUCGAGUAUAAAGGCUAUAAAACUACCUACCCGCACCCACGAGCUCUUCAACCCACUCCUACAGAGCCCCGUGAAGAUGCGCGUGGAGGCGUUUGAGAAUGCGGCCAUUGCACAAAGCAACAUGCGUCCUAAGCGGGGCAAGGAUGCGCAGAGCACACCAGGAUCCAGCAACACGCCCAAGAUUGGAAAGCUGCCAGCUCCGACUGUGGGUCGCUUUUUCACGCCAACGCAGACGAGUAACACACUGCCUUUGAGCUCGGCCCAGCCGAAGAAGGCGCCAGCAAGCGCGUCUAAGGCCACUACCCUAAUGAAGACUGCCACCGGUACGAACCUGAGGUCCGCCAACUCGACAUCGACGAAGACGUUGUCACGCGAAAACAGCGGUGACGAUUUCCGCAAGGGACUGCAUAAUCUGGCAGAGGAACGAAAGAAACUGCGCGAACAGAAGCACCAACAAGCUGCUCAGCAACGCGAGGCCAAGGAGCGUGAGCGGGCUGAGCGUAUGGCCAAGUUAGCAGCCGAGCGCGCCAAGAAGCAGGAAGAGAGGAAGCGCAUUGAAGAGCGCAAGCGGCAGGAGCUGGAGGAACUCCAGCGCAAGAUGCGUCAGCAGGAGGAGGCCGAGGCGCUGAAGAAGGCCAAGAUCAAGGAGUUGGAACAACAGAAGCUACAGCAGCUGACCGGCGCUAAACCCAAGAAGAUGCUUCCGCCGCCACCUAAAACCAAGUACACAUGGGAGAUGUUGCACGAGGACGACUCUACCGAUGACGAGGGCAAGGUCACCCACAAGCGGCCACCCGCACCCACCUGGAGUCGAAGCCAUGUGAGGGGAGAAGCAAUCGCAAUGCAGAGCCACUGCCCAACGGACAUCAUCGACAGUUUCUUCUCUGUCGUGCCCACCACCCCGGACCUAAAGCAGAUAUUCCCGAACAUCGAUCCCAGCCAGCUGAAACGCAACUCCAGUGUGCUGUGGUCAACGCCGCCCCGCUACUCCGAGCUGCCGAAAUACUAGCCAAGUAGUCCUGUUCUCUUUACCCGUAAAUGCACAUGUUUAUGAUUGAAUAAAUAAAGUUAAUUGUGAAAAUUAAAGCGGAGUACCGCUGCCCGA